AUGGUUGAAGCAAAAUCUGCACAGCUUUCAUCAUACAAAUUGGAUAUUGAUGAUCCUCUUCUCUUCUCCUAUAUUACAGGUAACGACGCUUGUGAUUUGUUGAAGCGGCUUGAGUCAGAUUUUCACCUGAGGUUUCGGUUUGAGAAACAGACUAUAACAAUAGAGGGUUAUGGUCGUAUUAAUGUAGAAUGCAUUAAAACUGUUUUGAACGAAGCUUGGAAGGCAGAUGAUUUCAAACGAGCUAUAGAGGUCUUGGAGUUGACAAACUCUUCAGAUUUCCAACUGUACUUCAAAGUUUCACCUGCCGAAUCUGCGCUGAUGCAUGUAAACGCCAAAAAGUUGCUGCGUUGCCCUGGCUUAUUGGCAUUCAAGGCAGAUGCAUCUGGUAAUGUUUGCCUUUUUGGGAAAGAUUCCUCGGUUUCUAGGGUGUUCGAAAUGGUUUCUGAUAUUGUUUGCCAAGCCGCUUUACGUGAAAAUUUAAGAAAGAGCAGUGAGUUUUCUUCCGAAGGGCCUUGUACUAUGUCGAUGCGAAUCCCUCAGAAAGUAGCAGAAAACAUUUUCUCGCCAGAAAACACGUAUAUAGUAGAACUCCAAAAAAGAUUCCAUUUUUUUAUUGAGCAAGCGGAGGCCCCAGCAGAAGUGGAUGAGCGCCUUGGCGUACCAGUAACCGUAUUUACCAAAUCUUUAGAUGAAGCUUUGAAAAUAAAGGAUGCGCUCUGUGCUCAAAUAGACCUAUUGAAUGGCGCAAAAUCGAAAUCCUUUGGCGAUAUCAGGCUCCAGUGUGGAGCAUUUACUAUCAGCUCUAAUUCGACAAAAGAGGGACUGAAGGUGGUCCUUUCUGCAGUUGAGAUACAGUUAAUAUUCUGGGCCAACGAGCGUGACGCACCGCGUAUUAUAGGUUCGCACGGAAUCACCAAAAAACGUAUUCAAGAGUGCUCUAAAUGCAAAGUUCUGGGAAACACUUUUCAGCUGCAUACGGAAUCAAAGCGUAACGGUUUGUUUCCAGUUGAAAUUAUUGGACCCAAUGUUCAGAAAUGUGUUGAAACUCGUCGUCGCAUUGAAUCUUUUCUUAUGCAAGUUCCACCUGCGGUUCCUGGGAGAGAACAUCAGUGGAAUUUAACUGCUGCAGAAGAAGUGAUUCCUAAUGUGAACACCUACGACAUUUCGGCCUUACAAGUGUCGCGACGGUACCUCUACUUUCCCGAGAAUUACCAGCUGUCGCAGCAAAGCUCCAGCAAGGAUUUAAUUCGUAACAGUUCAUCCUCUCAACCCCUUACGAUAGCUUAUGGGGACAGUGAACAAGCUUUCAAAGCUUCAAUGAAGUCGACGGUGCAUAUGUAA